UUUUAGUCCAUAAAUAGCCAUUGGACAUUUGGUACUAAACUGACUCCUUUUCGAGACACCGCCAGAACGAUUAGUUUGUUUUUCCGUCACUUUCUUAAAACGACACUUCCUCCGUCGUUUUGAACAAAGGAAUCUCAUCUUUUAUUCUCCCCUCUUCAGUUAAUCAUCUCUAAAAAAAAUUAAAAAACAAACAAACAAACAAACAUGUCUUCUCCUUCGUCUUCUCCUCUCUGUUAUUCACACGACGGCGAAGACAAACACCCCGCCACCGAAGACGGCGGUGACGAACCUAACGGAUCGCCACCGCCAACGCCGUUCUCCUUCAAACAGUUCGAUAUCGUCAGCGACUACUCCGAUCACCAUUACGCCGAUUCAAACCUCUUCGCGAACUGCAUUGGAUCGGAUGUCUCAAAGAAGAUCAUGCGAGAAUGGAAGAUUCUCGAAAGAAAUCUUCCGGAAUCGAUUUUCGUUCGUGCUUACGAAGAGAGAAUCGAUCUUCUACGAGCAGUAAUCGUAGGUCCAGCCGGAACUCCAUAUCACGACGGAUUGUUCUUCUUCGACCUAGCUUUCACCUCGGACUAUCCGAAUAGUCCUCCGAUGGUGUAUUACCAUUCCUACGGACUACGAUUAAACCCUAACCUAUACGAAGACGGCUACGUGUGCUUGAGUUUGAUAAACACCUGGGAUGGAAAAGAAGAAGAGCGAUGGAAUCCAGCGAUUUCGACAGUUUUACAGAUUUUAAUAUCGAUUCAAGCGCUGGUGUUGAAUGAGAAGCCGUAUUUCAACGAACCGGAACUGGAAGAGGAGGUGGAAGCGGAGAUUUACUCAGAUGCAUACAAUAAGGAAGCGUACUUGUUCUGUUGCAAGAUGAUGAUGAGAUUGAUGAAGAAUCCGCCGAAGAAUUACGAGGAGUUUGUGAAGAAUUACUUUGGGGAGAAAGGGAAAGGGAUACUGGCGGCGUGUAAAGCUUACUCCGACGGCCGUGUUAGGGUUGGGAGGUUCAAUGAAAAGGAGAAUAGUGAAAGUGAAAGUGAUGAUUGUAACAGAGCGGAGGUUUCUGCCAUUUUUAAGGCGUUAAUGGAGAAGAUGCAUCGGGAUCUGCACGCAGCUUUCCUCCUCUUCUGCACCAUCUAGAGGGUACGAACUAAGCCAACUAGUGAAAUUGUCCCCCCCCUCUUUUUUUUUAAAUUACUUAAUUUAAGGAAGUCAAAUACAGAAAAUAUUUUGGGUGUGAA